GUACUGCGUCGCCGUUUCCGUUUGCUCUUUGCAGAAGGGGCGCGAAAUCGUUUGUCUGUUUAACCGGACCGGAUUUUUGUUUUCGUCAAUUUGUGAUUAACAGCGGCCAAAAGUUUCGCAGUGCGGUGCCUGAGCUCUCCGUCACUUUCGUCUCCAGCGUCAUGAGUAAGCGCAGGUCCAGGGAAGCCCACCUGGCUGUUGGUGAAUGUGUAUCACAGGUCCAGAGAAUAUUGAGGGAGCGCUUUUGUCACCAGCGGCUUCCAGAUAGACCAGUGGGCCUGGAAUCACAGUACAAGCACCUGCUGGAGCUGUUGAGGAGAACAGCAGUUCAUGGCGAAAGUAACUCAGUUCUCAUUGUGGGCCCACGUGGAGCCGGAAAAACCAUGCUGCUUCGCUGUGCUCUAAGGGAGCUGCUGGAGCUGCAGGAGGUGAAGCAGAAUGUUCUCCAGGUUCACCUGAGCGGUCUGCUGCAGACGGAUGACCGUAUCGCUCUGAAAGAAAUUACUCGGCAGCUCCACCUGGAGAACGUCGUAGGAGACAAAGUCUUUGGCAGCUUUGCAGAGAACUUGGUAUUUCUGUUGGAGGCUCUUAAGAAGGGUGAUAAGAGUAGUAGUCGUCCGGUGUUCUUCAUUCUGGAAGAGUUUGAUCUGUUUGCGCAUCAUAAGAACCAGACCCUCCUGUAUAACCUGCUUGAUGUGUCUCAGUCAGCUCAGGCUCCUGUGGCUGUGGUGGGCCUCACCUGCAGGCUGGAUGUGCUGGAGCUGUUAGAAAAGCGAGUGAAGUCACGGUUUUCCCACAGACAGAUUCACCUGUUGAGCUCGAUGAGCUUCCGACAGUAUCAGGACGCGUUUCGCUCUGAGCUCACCUUGCCAGAUGAUUUCCCCGACAGCAAGUUCUCUCAGGAGUGGAACCUCAGUGUCUCGAAACUGUGUGAAGAAAAGUCGGUGGAAGAGAUUUUACAGAAACAUUUUAACUCCAGUAAAGAUUUUCGCUCCCUGCAUUUACUGCUGCUGCUGGCAUUGACUCGUGUGUCCGUGUCGAACCCGACUCUGAGAGCUGUAGACAUACUGGAGGCCAGUCGAAUGAGCUCUGCUGACUCAAAAGCCAACAUUCUCCAUGGUCUGUCCGUCCUGGAGUUAUGUUUGAUAAUCGCUAUGAAACAUCUGAAUGAUAUCUACGAGGGAGAACCCUUUAACUUCCAGAUGGUUCACAACGAGUUUAAGAAAUUUAUUCAGAGGAAGUCUCACUCCAUCCAUAAUUUUGAGAAGCCAGUGGUGAUUAAGGCGUUUGAGCACUUGCUGCAGCUGGAGCUGAUCCGGCCGGUGGACGGCGGGGUGUGUAAGGUGCAGAGAGAGUACCAGCUGAUGCGGCUGAUGCUGGAUCACACGCAAGUAAUGGAGGCUCUGCAGAGAUACCCACAAUGCCCCACUGAUGUCAAACAGUGGGCCGUUUCUGCCUUUGGGUGAUUUCUUACAACUCCAGUUCAGUUUAAACAUUGUAUUUAAACUUCAUUCGUUUUUGUAAAUGAUGUAAAGAUCUGUAUUGGUAGGUUUUCUCAUGCAGGUUGUAGAUCUCUGAAGUUGUGCAUCAUGCCCAUAUUAGGAAGUCGUAGCAGGUUUUCUCUAUGGGAAAAUUGAAUGGCAUUUUCGAGAAUCGGCACUAUCGCGUCCUGUGGUGAACAGAAAUAUUCAAAACCCAAUACGUUUUGUGCUACAUACAUUUUUCCCUCUGGGUGUCACUGGAUCAAGGUGUUCAGCAGUCAACAAAUGAAUAAUGCUAGAAGCUGGCUUAUGCCUGUGCACUGAAAUGUUAUGUAAAAGUAAGUCUACUAUUAAAACUGAAUUUCAUUGAUUUUUCCAAUAUUCUGUAUAGUUUAAUCAUUAAGAUGUAAAUAAGUUAUUCAGAGUGGUUUGGUGUGUAAUGCUCUGUUCUAGAGAAACCUACAGAGUUUGGAUUGUUCACAGUGGUGGUGGGAGAACCCAGAUGUCAGAAGCAUUUGACGCCUCCAAAAGCUCCCUCUCUGAAAGUUACACAAAAUAUUUAUAAAUACAUUCUUUUACGAUAGUUUUAAAAUUUUGAGACUAAAAUGUUUUUUUUAAUACA